AUGGCAGAGCAGAAAACCGACCACUUCGACUACCAGAAGCAGCCCUCGCUGGAAAAACAACCAAAGAUAGAAAACAGUCCUUCGUCUCCGCCGCGGCCGCUGUCGCCGCCGUCGGCCCGUAGGAUGUACCCUUGCACCUAUUGCUCCAAGAGAUUCUACACCUCUCAAGCCCUAGGUGGUCACCAGAACGCCCACAAGAAAGAGCGGGCAGCCGCCACGCGCCGAGCCUCCGCAUCGAGCACAGGAAAAUGCAUCGCCGCCGUCCACCUCCGCGAGCACAUUUCGAUUCCGAUGUCUCCGGCGCAAUGGUUUGAGCCGCCGGUGGCAUAUGCCUACGUCUAUGGUCAUGUACCCUCCCCCUCUAUGCCUCUUACAGCUUUCGCUUACUCUACUCAUCACUUUCUCUCUUCUCCAGCCUCCGCCGCUUCAGCCAUAGACGUCUCGCCGGAGGCGGACGGUGGCGUCGAUUUCGAUAUCGAUCUCUCUCUUCAUCUUUGA